AAAUAGCCCGUUAAAAUGUGGAUGCGAGAGAUUCAAAGCCCAACACAGGGGCCCGAGUCUAGUGACAAUGGUAAUUGGUGGAUUUUUUUUCCUUCAAGGGAGACUUUCCAUUGGUUUUCAUGGCUGCCAAGGCGAUGGCUACUGAUAGACCUAGUGGCCAUCGUCAUACUCCUAGUGCUCAUUCGUAGUUCUAAAAGUUCAGCAUCGGCUCUCCGCCCCCACAUGACGAUCACCCCCACAUUCGGCUCUAAGCGCCACCAAUCACUGGUCCUUAGAUCGUCGAUCCUCUCCAGGCUUCUCCUUUUAGCUCUCACCAUCGUCUGGCGCACACUCCUCACCCCCUACGACACCUCCGCCCCACUCAACCCUUCCUGCCUCGCCCACCACCACGAUCCACCACCGAUUCUCUUUCCCUCUGUGGCCUCCGCCGUCGAACGCGGCGUCGUGUGGGACUCCGUCCCCUUCCUCCGCAUCGCCCACUGCGGCUACGAGUACGAGCAGUCCUACGCCUUCCUCCCUCUUCUCCUCACAAUUUCCUUCCUCUCUCGCACGGUAUUUGCGCCGUUGGUACCUUUAAUCGGAUAUAGAGCGGUGCUGGGGCUGUCGGGCUAUGUGAUCAAUAACGUCGCGUUUGUCUUCGUGGCGAUAUACUUUUACAAGCUUUCAAUUAUUAUUUUGAAGGAUUCUGACUCCGCAUUGCGGGCUUCCAUCUUGUUUUGCUUCAAUCCAGCAUCGGUAUUUUAUUCGGCGAUAUAUUCAGAGAGCCUGUAUGCCCUGUUUUCUAUUGGAGGGAUGUACCACCUGGUAACAGGUGGAAAUAGUAUUGCCGUUCUUCUGCUUGCUCUCUCUAGUUGUGCCAGGUCUAAUGGAGUGCUUAACGCGGGCUAUUUUUGUUUUCAGACACUACAUCGAGCUUAUGAUGCUGUGUUUGUAAAAAAAAAUGCUUAUUUGGCGGUACAGGUCCUUAUUUCUGGUGCUUUGCGCUGCAUAUGUAUUUUCACUCCAUUUAUUGCGUUUCAAGCAUAUGGAUACUACAAUUUAUGUCUAGGACAUUCCUUAGAUGAAAUGAGGCCCUGGUGCAAAGCAAGACUCCCUCUUCUGUACAACUAUAUUCAAAGUCGUUAUUGGGGGGUAGGUUUCUUGAGAUAUUUUCAGCUGAAGCAGUUGCCAAACUUCUUACUCGCAUCUCCUAUAUUGUCUUUGGCACUUUGUUCGAUUGUCUAUUAUGCAAAGUCAAGGCCUGAAAUUUUUUUCUCCCUGGGCUUUCUAGCUUCUGUUGAGGAAAAGAAUUCUUCAGCUGUUUUUUUCUCUCUGGAGACGGUUCAAAGAUCAAGUAUUGCCCGCUUUCCAGAUAAAUCUUCUUCUAAGAUUCAAGGGCAUCACAAUCUUAGACAGAGGAAGCAUAUGACUAGAGGGGAUCCCGUUGCUCUCCCAAUGAAAAAUGAUUCAUUAGCAAAGCUUGGAUACUUGACUGUCUCUUGUCUCCCAUUUAUUCUGCAAUUGGCAUUUAUGGCAGCCACAUCAUUUUUUGUCAUGCAUGUGCAGGUGGCUACACGCUUUUUGUCUGCCAGCCCUCCCAUUUAUUGGUUUGCCUCAAAUCUAAUGGUACAACGUAGGAGAUGGGCAUAUCUGAUUUGGGCCUACUCUGCAGCCUACAUACUUCUCGGCAGUUUGCUAUUUUCAAACUUUUACCCUUUCACAUGAUAAGGGCGGUAGUGGCCCUCUUACCUGCGGGCUAAGAGCUGGUCUAAAUGCACGUGGGUUUGCGUUAUUCACCUCGGCUUGGAUUGAUUUCAUAUGCAGAACGAUAAGAGCUAAAAUCAACUUCUUGUCUUUGCGGCAAAACGAGAUCGC